AUGCUUGGGCUUAGACAGUUACUUCGAGACUAUAUAUGGAUAAACGUGGGAAAUGGUAUGAGAACGUUUGCUUGGUUUGACAAAUGGGAUGACAUAUGUCCGAUAGCGAGAAUGAUUACUCCGAGGAUGAUAGCUAAUGCCGGGUUCAGUAUGACUUCUAAAUUGGCGGAGGUUUGUGAACAUGGAGAAUGGCUUUGGCCAGACGUGUGGACGGAGCGAUAUCCGACUCUUGCUCAGCUUCAGAGUGUUAUAUUGGAUCAGACGAGACAAGAUAGACUAGAAUGGAAAACAAGUUCAGGUCAAAGUGUGGAGUUUAACACAGCGACGGCUUGGGAUGCGAUUCGGUUCAGGCAGAAUGAGGUUCCUUGGGCCAAGCUCCUUUGGUUUCCGCAGGCUAUACCCCGCCACUCGUUUCUAAUGUGGCUUCUGGUGCAAAAAAAGUUGAAGACUCAAGAUAUUAUCAGUAGAUGGAACUCUUCGGGUAAUGCAAACUUUAAUCUUAUGUGUUGCUCGUUGUGUUCAUCUUGUCCGGACUCGGACGACCAUCUGUUCUUCGAGUGUAGUUAUUCUAAGGAAGUUUGGAAUGGUGUGAAAGGAAAAGCAGGUAUGGCUGAUAUAAGUGAGGAGUGGAACUCAAUUUUUCAAUAUUUGUUGGGGAUUUCUGCAUCGGAUAUAGCUAAACAUGUUAUAACAAAGAUAGUUGUGAGUGCAUCAGCUUACUUUGUAUGGGAAGAAAGAAACAGAAGGUUGUAUUCAUCCAAGAAAAGAAAGUCUAGCAUAUUGGUCGAAGUCAUUCUAUCGACGGUGCGGUUGAAACUUCAUUCUAUGAGAUUAAAGAAAUCUUCAAGCACGGUGCAAGUUUUGCAAGAGUGGGCUCUGCCUCGUGGUCUCUUGGUUGCUGAUGACGAUCGCGGCUAA